UUGAAAUCUGAAAAUUUGCCUGGAACUAUAUUUCAGAAGAUAAAAAAUUAUUUAUGCAUAAUGGCAAAUAAAGCCGGACCUUCGACGCGGGCAGGGUCCUUGGACCACGAUGGGCUCGAUAAAAGGAAUUGGAAAUUGAUAGCUUUUCGCUGGGUUAUCUUAAUACUCGCUAUCAGCUGUAUUUAUGCCAACAUCAGCGAUAUUAUUUACUACAGCGGGAUAAUCAAUCAUUACGCACAAAUUCCGGAAUGUGGUUUUGUGAAAUUUGAAAUAAUGGUGGUCAUAUCAGGUAUCUUAAUGCUAAUUACCUUGACUGUAGGAGGUGCUUUGGUGCUCAAGCAGCAGCUACGGCAAUUGCGCGCUUACCUUACGUUUCUGUUCAUAUUUAGCUGGAUGCACUUGAUGAUAAUCCUCGUGCUGACACAGCGUUAUCCGCUUGUCCAUGAGAUACACGGCAAGUGGAUAAAGAGAGAAAGCAUCAGUAUGUACGAGAUCAUGUACAAUUGCUGCGGCGUGUUCGGGCCGGAUGAUUAUCUGCUCCUGUAUGGCAAAUUGCCAAGCAGCUGCUUCAGCGAUAGCACCAUGGAUUCCAAGGAUCUUUAUUACACUGGCUGCCUAAAUAAAGAUGAUAUCGAGUCCACCAUUGUACGCGGGGAGAUGGUCACGUCAUUGAUACAGCUGCAAUCAAUAACGAUAAACACUCGAGUGUCUGGCCAAAGCGAAAUCCUUGUCGGAGCCAUCGUCCGAGUGUCCGUUCUGCAUAUGCAUGAGCCAAUAAAGAAAUCAACAAAGGCGAAUCCCAACUAUUGCAAAUACCCAAACACCAGAACACACACAGUGGAUACUCGAAACAAUAUGCCAAAGGAGCGAAUGCAGCCAAGCGACUAAGCACAUGUUCAAGGACAAUCUCAAUGCUCAGAGCCUGGAUGUUUUCAUUUUUAUAUGUAUGUAAGUGCAUAUAAAUUUUAUUGUUGUCAACAUAAAAUCGAAAACAAUUUUCAAGCAUUGCGAAAUGCAUAAAAUAUGCAUACGAAAUGCCCAACAGAACGGCUAACUUUAUGGCUAAAUAGUUUGCUGCGGCCCAAGCAGUUAAUACUUUUUUAUGCCCUCCCACGGCCCUUAUCUGAGCCAGUGUCGACGAUUUGGCAAAAGUUUUCCGCCCCAUAACCAUAACAAUAACAACAACACUCUGGUCAAGCUGCUGAUGGGUCCCAGCGCAGAGUUUAUGGCGGCAAAGGCAACGGGCUAACUGAAAACCAAAAGGGGUCAUGUGGCUCAUUAAACUUUGGCCAACAAUUUUUUGUGCGCCCCACCAUCAACAAAGACAAACAAAAAGUUUAGCACUAAAUAUUUUGCGACCCUACGAAAAAAAAAGUAUAUAUAUAUUCCCACUAUAUACUUACAUAAAGUAAGUAGCGAUUCAUGCGGAUGAGCACGGGCGUGAGGCAUAAAAUUAUGGCACACAUACGGCCCAUUAAAUGUUAGACAAAUGUGAAGGGCAAUGUCUAAUGGAAAAAGGGGUCGGUCAGGUGGCGGCAGCUUGAGAAUAACAAACAAUCUGAGCUAAGACAGCGUGGUGGUGCAUCAUGCUAAAUUUAAUAGCAUGAAGUAAUUAUCGAAAAUCAAUAUGUUAUCAAAAAAACAAGUGUUUACUAAUCAAUCUGGCCACUCAAGUUGACAUAAAGCAGGCUAGUGCUGCAUUAAAAUUAAAUGUAGUUGACGUAAAUCAAAUUGUUAUCGAAAAUAAAUAGCCGGCCACAAACCAACCUAACGACGCAGCAUUGACAGCAACUUUUACUAUUUGCCAUGAACUUUGCCAUGAGCUUUGCUAUGAAGCUAUUAAGUUUUGUACAAUUAUAUCGAUUAGCUAUGGCCACAUCGCCCUAAGCUUAACGCCGCAGGAUUAAGAUCAAUACCUACUCUUUUCCAUGAACUUUGCCAUGAGCUUUGCAAUGAACUUUACCACCAGCAUGAGAAGACUUAAUAAUACCAAAUGUUUUUGUUAAUAGUUUUAUUUCGUGUGAUUAA